GUGAAACCGGAAGUGUCGUAAAGCGGGUUGAUGCUGACAUUUUGAAUCAAGUGCCGCUAAAGCUAAAACUAGUUAGCUUUUUGUUUUAAUUAUACGUUCUAAUCCAGGCGUUUAUUUAUAAAGGACUGCCGAGUGAUGGUUGUUCUUUAGAAGCAAAACCUAACAAAAACGAGUGCAUCAUGAGCAACAAUAACGAGUCAACGGCAACAAUGAACGCAGAGUUCAACGGUUUUGUUCGGGAUAUGAAACCAUAUAUCAUCAAACACCCCAACGAGAGUGAGCGCCAGCAUUGUGCUUUAUGGAUAAAGAAGUUGAGCGACCCGGCAACAUGUGGCUCAAGCCUUAAUGGCCACAACAACCGCAAUCUGUACGCUCGUUUGCUUCUUCACAUGCUCAGAAGGGGUGUCCUGGAAGGUCCAUUUGCCAGCAAACCAGAACCUGGUAACCUCAGGGCCCUUCCUACUUACAUGUCCAUUUAUUUUGACGAACCUAUCAACGGUCGACCUGUGGACCACUGCAAAGCAACUCUUCCUGACUGGGUGACCGGAGAGCUGGUUGGCUGCACUAAUGACAGUUUGGCUGCUGGCCUCCCGAAGAACACUUCUACACCUCACACAGCUUAUUUCAGUAGCCAGCUGAGUAAGGAGAAGACCCCACGAGGAGGAGCCACCGCCUCCAGCCCCCUCAAGCACUCACCCAGACAUGAAGCCAGAGCGGGUGAUGGAGGGCGUAUGUCCCCCGAUGACAGUGACUUGGAGGCUCGACUCAACAGCUGGAACCUGCGGGUUGAAAACCCCAGGUACUUGCGGGAAAAGGUCAUUCCCUUGUCCCCGAUUUGCAAGCCCAGCUUUGUAAGGAGCAGCACGACGGACGAAGUGGAUUUGCAGCUUUUGCAAAGCAAGGAGGUAGACAUGAGGGUCAAAAUAUUGGAGUCCAAGCACCUGGAGGAGAAACUGAAAAUGCAGCAGAGACACGAUGUGGCUGUUGACAAAAUUCUGGACCGAAAGAAUGUGGAGAUUGAAGAGUUGACAACUCUAUUUCGGGCUCAGCAGAAGGAAUCCGAGGAGAUGAUCCACAAACUGGAGAGGAAAGUUCAAAGUAUGCUGAAGGAAUCCACGGUUAUCUGCGAGAGCAAAGACACACAGAUUGCUGAGCUGAAGAAGAUGACCGACCAGAGUGCCGAUUCUUUGAAAAAUGAGUUUGAGAGGAAGCUGCAUGCAGUAGUGGCAGAAAUGGAGAAGGAGAAGUUCGAACUGCAAAAGAAGCAUUCGGACAAUAUCCAAGAGCUGCUGGAGAACACCAAGAUACGGCUGGCAAAGAUGGAGUCAGAGUAUAACGCUCGCUCACAAUCCACUAUGCAAAUUGUGUGUGAGCUGGAGCAGCAAGCCAAGCAGCAGUCUGUGGAAGUAGAGAAAAGCAACGCCUUGUGUCAGAAAGCGACACAGGAGAAGGUCCAGCUGGAGAUCCACCUUGCAUCCAUCAAUGUCGAACUGCAGGAGGCUAACAGAAGGUUCAUGGUCCUGCAGAAAGACAAAGACGAGCAGAGCGUGCUGUUUGAGCAGACCUUACAGAAGUUCCAGGCCAAACACGAAGCCGACGUGAACCAUUUGCACAAGGAGCACACUCUGUCUGUGGCCAAGGCGUCUGAAGUAAUGGAGGACUUUGAGAAAAGUAUUUCUGAGCUCAAACAGCAGCUCGUGGUCAGUGAACAUCAGAGACAGACACAAGCUCGGGAUCAGGAUUUGAAGUUCCAGCAGGAAAAAGAUGAGCUGCAGAUCAGCUACAACGCAAAGGUUCUAGCGCUGCAUAGCGAGGUGGACAAAGAGAGAACAGAGGACAGGAGGAAGACGGCCAAACUGGAGGAUGCGUUCAGCAUGGCUGAUGGGAGGAAGGCAGGCGUGGAAGUGCGUGGCGAUGGCGGUCCACAGGGAGGGUGUGUGGGACUAGUCAGCAGAGGUGGAUUUAGCAGGCUUUCAGUCAGAGCUGAGCUGCAGGUAUGGAGAGACAUGGAAAAGCAGCUGGACAGAACCCGGGAGAGCCACAGGGUGCAGCUCCAACAGGCCCACGUUGCACUGGAGCAGUUCAGGAGGCAGGUGAAGCUCAGCUCCGAGAAGGCCGAGACCGAGAUGAAGCUCCAGAUGGAGAAGGUUGAAGAGGACCUGCAGCACUCCAGGUGUCUCCGUGAAAACCAAACAAAGGAGUUCUCGCAGCAACUCGAUGCCGUCAGAGAAAGAUUUGAGCAGCAGAUGGCUGAGCAGCGCGCCAAGCACGAGCAGGAGAGGACGCGCCUUCAACAGCAGCAUUGCGCCGAAAAGGAGCGCCUGGUCCAGGAGCGCCAGCGGGAGGCGGGCAGCCUGGAGAGCCAGGCCAGGGCCGCCCUGGAGCAGCACCACAAACACAGCCAGGAGUGGAGGAAGCGUGAUGGCCAGACUAUCUCCAACUUGGAGGCCCAGCUGGCGCGCUCGCGUGAGGAACUCCACCUGGCCCGUGUCCAACAUAAGCAACAACUGGCGGCCCUCCGAGAGGAGGACAAGCAGAAGGCUCACCUGGACAAGGAGGCGUCCAUCAAGAGAUUGUGCUCCGACAUGGAGGGCAUCCGCAGCGACCUUGAGAGAAGCCACCAGCAGGAGAAGGACGCUGCUGAAGAAAAGACCACCAGCAAGUUGAAGCACAUGGAGAAGGAGUACAGUCACAAGCUGGCCAGGUCUGCACAGAUUAUUGGGGAGCUCCAGCAGUCGUUGUGCAACUCAAAGGAGGAAGUUGUUAGUUUGCAACAGACCAUGAAGAGACAACUGGAGGAGGCUGAACAUGGAUGGGCGCAGGAGAGGAAAGAGUUCAACCAGCAGGCCAACCAGGCUAACAAGGUGAUGGUGGAGCUCCAGCAGUCGGUGUGCAGCUCCAAUGAGGAAGCAGUCAGUCUGCAGCAGACCUUAAAGAGACAACUGGAGGAGGCCCGACAAGGAUGGCUGCAGGAGAGGAGAACUAUAACGCAGCAGGCCCACCAGGCCAACAAGGAUGAGGACUUGUUCCCAAACACAAACCUUGUCUGUCUGGAGUCGCAGCUGCUGCUUGUAGUAGUGAAGAAGAGGGGCAGGUCUUCGGGACUUUCCUUGAGAUCCGGGUAGAAAGAAGAGUGUACACCAUUAUACGGUAGCAGUCAAAUGUUUUCAUACAACUUCUCAUUCUAAAGUGGGGGUAAGAUGAACAAUAAAUACAUUAAGAAGUUCAAUUCAGUUUCAGUGGAACAUGCAUACGAUACAACGUGAUGCAUCACAUAUUUCCCAGUUGUUUCAUUACAGCACGUCCGAAAAGGAGUAGGAAGAAGCAGAGCUUAUUCAAUCCUACCCCUUUUCAUACCAUAGCAAUGUUAUCCCUAUUGCCUUGUUCUCUGU